GAGAGAGAGAACAUGAGACAGGAGUGUGAGGGAGGGAGAGAGAGUGAGAGAGAACAUGAGACCGAAGAGAGAGGAGAAGAAAAAUAGAGAAAAAUCUGAGGACUUUUUGAAACUGUGAAUGAUUGAGUGAGGGAGGGAGGAGUUGAGAGACACCGAGAGAGUAAAGGAGAGUGUCAGAAAACCAGAGGAGGGAGGAGUUGAGACAGAGAGAGUAAAGGAGAGUGUCAGAAAACCAGAGGAGGGAGGAGUUGAGACAGAGAGAGUAAAGGAGAGUGUCAGAAAACCAGAGGAGGGAGGCGUUGAGAAAGAGAGGAGAGAGUAAAGGAGAGUGUCAGAAAGCCAGAGGAGGGAGGAGUUGAGACAGAGAGAGUAAAGGAGAGUGUCAGAAAGCCAGAGGAGGGAGGAGUUGAGAGAGACAGAGAGAGUAGGGCAGUGUCAGAAAGCCAGAGCAGGGAGCGGAUACAGAGAAUGAGGGAGGGGUAGAGGAGGAGGAGCAGUUAGUGUGUGAACGAUGAAGGGAUAGCCUUGAUGAAAUCAACAGCUUGUUCACUGGUCGGACUUUCCCAAGACUGCAUGGUGGUCAGCACGUCUCACACACUCCCCGCUGGACACACGCACGGCUGUAGCCGGGACUAACGACAAACACCACGGGUAGAUGAAGAAGCAGAGAAGAUGACGUUGUUUGGGCUGGACUGUGCCAAGAAGAAAGAGAGAGAGUUGGAGAGGAAACUGAGGGCAAACGACAGAGAGCAUAACCUCUCCUUCAGAUAUGCGACCAAUGCCAUUAAGACGUCCAAAUACAACGCGUUCACCUUCCUGCCCCUCAACCUCUUCGAACAGUUCCAGAGAAUAGCCAACGCUUACUUCCUCAUUCUGCUGCUACUCCAAGUGAUUCCUGCCAUCUCCUCUCUGUCCUGGUUCACGACCGUGGUCCCUCUGGUCCUGGUCUUGUCUGUGACGGCUGGUAAAGAUGCUACCGACGACAUAAACCGCCACAGGAGUGACAACCAGGUGAACAACAGGAAGGUCACAGUGCUCAUGGAUGGAGAACUACGGAGUGAGAAAUGGAUGGCCGUUCAGGUGGGCGACAUCAUCAAACUGGAAAACAACCAGUUUGUUACGGCAGACCUGUUGCUGCUCUCUAGUAGUGAACCACUCAACCUGGUCUACAUAGAGACUGCUGAACUGGAUGGAGAGACCAAUCUAAAAGUGAAGCAGGCUCUGACAGUAACAGGAGACAUGGGAGACAAGAUCCACAGCCUGGCUGCCUUCAAUGGGGAGGUGCGCUGUGAGCCACCCAACAACCGGCUGGACCGUUUCACAGGAACAUUGACAAACGCUGGUCAGAAAUACUCUCUGGACAACAGCAAGAUCCUGCUGAGGGGCUGCACCCUCAGGAACACAGAGUGGUGCUUCGGACUGGUGCUGUUCGGAGGUCCAGAGACUAAACUGAUGCAGAACUGUGGGAAGACCACGUUCAAGAGGACCAGCAUCGACCGCCUGAUGAACGUGCUCGUCCUUUGUAUCUUUGGCUUCCUGGCGUUCAUGUGCAUGAUCCUGGCCAUCGGCAACCGGAUCUGGGAGCAACGCUGGGGGUCAGAGUUCACGGCCUUCCUGCCCAGACAGGAUGGAGUCGACACUCCCUUCUCCUCCUUCCUCACCUUCUGGUCCUACGUUAUCAUCCUCAACACCGUCGUACCCAUCUCCCUCUACGUCAGUGUGGAGGUCAUCCGUCUGGGCAACAGUUUCUACAUCGACUGGGACAGGAAGAUGUACCAUGCCCAUAGUGACACCCCGGCCAAGGCCCGGACCACCACGCUGAACGAGGAGCUGGGUCAGAUCAAAUACAUCUUCUCGGACAAGACCGGAACACUCACUCAGAACAUCAUGAUCUUCAACAAGUGUUCUAUCAACGGGAAGUGCUACGGAGAUGUAUUUGACUACACUGGCCAGAGAUUGGAGAUCAACGAGCACACAGAGACAGUGGACUGGUCCUUCAACCCUCUUGCUGACCAUCAAUUCUCCUUCCAUGACCACUCCCUGGUGGAGGCUGUAAAGCUGGAGAAUGUGGAGGUCCACUCCUUCUUCAGAACACUGGCCCUCUGUCACACUGUUAUGGCUGAGGAGAAGACAGAGGGUGAGUUGCUGUACCAGGCCCAGUCACCUGACGAAGGUGCUUUGGUAACCGCAGCGCGAAACUUUGGCUUCGUGUUCCGCUCGCGCACGCCAGAGAGCGUCACUAUCGUAGAGAUGGGAAAACAACGCAGCUACGAGCUGCUCGCCAUCCUCGACUUCAACAACGUCCGCAAGAGGAUGUCCGUUAUCGUGCGGAGUCCAGAGGGGAAGCUGUGUCUGUAUUGUAAAGGAGCAGACACCAUGGUCUAUGAGAGGCUGCACCAGUCCUGUACCAAGCUGAUGGACGUCACCACUGAACACCUCAACGAGUAUGCUGGUGAGGGCCUGCGGACCCUGGCUUUGGCCUAUAAGGACUUGGAUGAGGAGUAUUUUAGCAGGUGGAAACAGCGCCACCAUGAGGCCAGCACAGCCCUGGAGGACCGAGAGGACAAGCUAGACCUGCUCUAUGAGGAGAUAGAGAAAGACCUGGUGUUGCUGGGAGCUACAGCCAUAGAGGAUAAGCUCCAGGAUGGUGUGCCACAGACCAUCGAGCAGCUCGCCAAAGCUGAUAUCAAGAUCUGGGUGCUCACCGGCGACAAACAGGAGACGGCGGAGAACAUUGGCUACUCGUGCAACAUGCUGCGUGAGGAGAUGAACGACAUCUUCAUCGUGUCGGCCAACAACCCGGAUGAUGUCAGACAGGAACUGAGGAAUGUAUUGAGCACCAUGAAACCAGGUGCAGAGGAGGAGGACAUCUUCAUGCCAGAGAGGACACUGGGUAACAAGCCGAAGGUGGUCAGGGACGAGGAGGUGAACGGGGAGUACGGCCUGGUCAUCAACGGACACAGUCUGGCCUAUGCCCUGGAGCAUAGCAUGGAGCUGUUGUUCCUGCGUACAGCCUGUCUGUGUAAGACAGUGAUCUGCUGUAGAGUGACACCCCUACAGAAAGCCCAGGUGGUUGAGCUGGUCAAGAAAUACAAACAGGCUGUCACUCUGGCCAUAGGAGACGGGGCCAAUGACGUCAGCAUGAUUAAAGCUGCUCAUAUAGGUGUAGGUAUAAGCGGCCAGGAAGGGAUGCAGGCGGUUCUGUCCUCAGACUAUUCCUUCGCUCAGUUCCGCUUCCUCGAGCGCCUCCUCCUGGUCCACGGCCGCUGGUCCUACCUGAGGAUGUGUAAAUUCCUGCGCUACUUCUUCUACAAGAACUUCACCUUUACCUUCGUUCACUUCUGGUACGCCUUCUUCUGUGGCUUCUCAGCACAGACGGUCUAUGAUGAAUGGUUCAUCACUCUGUAUAACCUGGUCUACACAGCACUUCCUGUACUGGGCAUGAGUCUGUUUGACCAGGAUGUGAAUGACAUGUGGAGUUUCCAGCACCCCAAUCUGUACGUUCCAGGCCAGUUGAAUCAGUACUUCAGUAAGACAGCCUUCUUUAAGUGUGCCCUCCACAGUGUCUACAGCUCAGUAGUGCUGUUCUUCAUCCCCUACGCUGCCAUGUACGACACGGUCCGAGACGACGGGCGAGACAUUGCUGACUACCAGUCCUUCGCCCUGCUGGCCCAGACCUGUCUGGUCAUCACCGUCUGUAUGCAGCUGUGUCUGGACAUGUCCUACUGGACAGCGGUCAACCAGUUCUUUGUGUGGGGGAGUUUGGCCAUGUACUUUGUUGUCACCUUCAGCAUGUACAGUAAUGGCACGCAUAUCACCUUCCCUGCAUCCUUCCCCUUCAUCGGCACAGCCAGGAACUCCCUGAACCAGCCCAACGUGUGGCUGACCAUCCUGCUUACCUCCAUCCUCUGUGUACUUCCUGUGGUUGCCUACCGCUUCCUGUUGAUACAGCUCCGCCCCACCAUCAACGACAAGGUGAUGUUCAAGGUGAGACAGGCCAAGGCCACGCCCCCUCUCCCAGCACGACGAGCCAGGAUGCGGCGUACCAGCUCCCGCCGCUCCGGAUACGCCUUCUCGCACGCACAUGGCUACGGGGACCUGGUGACGUCCAACCAUUUCCUGCGCCGUCCCGCCAUCACGCGCUCCACCGCUUUCACCCCUCUGGGGCGCACCACGGGGUUCAGCCCCAUGGGCCGCUCGGCAGGAUACAGCCCCACUGGGAACGCUCUGAACUCCAGACCACAGGAGGUGGAGGUGACAUCACUACAGAUGUACCGGAUGGUGCGAGACUCCGCCUUCUGAAGUACUGCACAGUGCGAGACCCCGCCUUCUGAAGAACUGCACAGUGCGAGACCCCGCCUUCUGAAGAACUGCACAGUGCGAGACCCCUCCUUCUGAGGGAAAAGAGGAAGAGGAUGUGGAGGAGUUGUUGUUUACAGAGGACCAAAUCAGUGGGUGUGAUAUGUAAAAAAUAUAUAUCCUAAACAUUGACACAUACUGUAACUGUACACACACAAAUCUCUAUGACGACUGACUUGUCGACGCGUUCCAAAGACAGCCCCUCGUAUCUGAUUGGUCACACUCUCCCCCCCCGCUUCAUUGCCUCUCCUGUUCCAAUCAUUGGCCUUGUGUUCCAUCAGGACUGUUGUCAUGGGGAAACAAACCUCUCCUGUUCCAAUCAAUGGCCUUGUGUUCCAUCAGGACUGUUGUCAUGGGGAAACAAACCUCUCCUGUUCCAAUCAAUGGCCUUGUGUUCCAUCAGGACUGUUGUCAUGGGGAAACAAACCUCUCCUGUUCCAAUCAAUGGCCUUGUGUUCCAUCAGGACUGUUGUCAUGGGGAAACAAACCUCUCCUGUUCCAAUCAAUGGCCUUGUGUUCCAUCAGGACUGUUGUCAUGGGGAAACAUACCUCUACAGGUCAACUGUAUGCUAUAUUGUCUGUCAACUGAGGAUAAACUAUUACACUAUACUACAGUUUGACUCAGUGCUGUGACCCCAUAGGAUCGUAUACUACACUGUGACUCUGUCCUCAGUGCUGUGACACCAUAGGAUCGUAUGACUCUGUACUCAGUGCUGUGACACCAUAGGAUCGUAUGACUCUGUACUCAGUGCUGUGACACCAUAGGAUCAUAUGACUCUGUCCUCAGUGCUGUGACACCAUAGGAUCGUAUGACUCCGUACUCAGUGCUGUGACACCAUAGGAUCGUAUGACUCUGUACUCAGUGCUGUGACACCAUAGGAACAUUAAGACAUUAAACAUUAAGAACACCUUAAAAAUAUUGAGUCAUAUCCCCCCCCCCCCCCACAGCUUUUGCCCUUUCAGAACAGCCUCAAUUAGUCAGAGUAUGGGCUCUACAAGGAAUCGAAAGCAUUCCACAAGAAUGCUGGUCCAUGUUGACUCCAUUGCUUCCCACAGUUGUGUCAAAUUGGCUGGAUGUCCUUUGGUUGGUGGACCAUUCUUGAUACACAUGGGAAAAUGUUGAGCAUGAAAAACCCAGCAGCGUUGCAUUUCUUGACACAAACAUAUGCACCUGGCACAUACUACCAUACCCUGUUCAAAGGCACUUAAAUAUGUUGUCUUGCCCAAUCACCCUUUGAAGAACAGACAUACACAAUCCGUCUCAAUUGUCUCAAGGCUUAAAAAUCCUUCUUUAACCUAUCUCUUCCCUUUCAUCUACACUGAUUGAAGUGGAUUUAACAAGUGUCAAUAAGGGAUCAUAGCUUUCACCUGGAUUCACCUGGUCAGUCUGUGUCAUGGAAAUAGCAGGUGUUCUUAAUGUUUUGUCCACGCAGUGUAUACAGUAGUAUACAGUAUGACUUUGUACUGUGACGCCAUAGGAACGCACUAAACCAAAGACCAGACCAAACCUCUGAGUCGUGGGCUUUAUUCCUUCUUCUAUCCUCACCAGCAACAAGCCCUCUCUUCUCCCACUGUGAUAAUACCAGUCUACAAUCACACAGGUGUAGAGAUGUACUGUACACUCCAACACUAAUCUUGGAGGGAGUUGGUAGGAUGUAUACCUUUCCUGUCUCUGGUCCACACUCCAUCCAGUUGGUGGCAGUAAUGCACCUUAAUGUUGGUUGCCAACCUUCAUACAAAAUCCACAGAAGAAGAUUGUGGGAGUUGAGAUGGAGGCUAUCACCAGCAAAAUCCUAAUUGUAUGGACAAGUGAUUUUGCCCUUUAAACCAUGGAAUGUAUUUUUUUGUAUAUAUAUAUAUAAACAUUUAGCUUUUUAUAUAGGAAACAGAAGAUCUAUCUUCUGUUCAGUGUUGUUCAUCCAUGGGCUGAAUAAGUUUUCAUUCUGAAUGAGGUAGUAUCAUGGUUAGCAUGCUAUCCGUUAGCCUGUGGACCACCUCAUUCUGAAUGAGGUAGUAUCAUGGUUAGCAUGCUAUCCGUUAGCCUGUGGACCACCUCAUUCUGAAUGAGGUAGUAUCAUGGUUAGCAUGCUAUCCGUUAGCCUGUGGACCACCUCAUCCUGAAUGAGAUAGAAUCAUGGUUAGCAUGCUAUCCGUUAGCCUGUGGAGCAGCUAUAUCUCAAUGGGAUAGUGAAAUGGUUAGCAUGCUAUCCGUUAGCCUGUGACCACCUCAUUCUGAAUGAGGUAGUAUCAUGGUUAGCAUGCUAUCCGUUAGCCUGUGGACCACCUCAUCCUGAAUGAGGUAGUAUCAUGGUUAGCAUGCUAUCCGUUAGCCUGUGGACCACCUCAUUCUGAAUGAGGUAGUAUCAUGGUUAGCAUGCUAUCCGUUAGCCUGUGGAGCAGCUAUAUCUCAAUGGGAUAGUGAAAUGGUUAGCAUGCUAUCCGUUAGCCUGUGGACCACCUCAUUCUGAAUGAGGUAGUAUCAUGGUUAGCAUGCUAUCCGUUAGCCUGUGACCACCUCAUCCUGAAUGAGGUAGUAUCAUGGUUAGCAUGCUAUCCGUUAGCCUGUGGACCACCUCAUUCUAAAUGAGGUAGUAUCAUGGUUAGCACGCGAGCCGUUAGCCUGUGGACCACCUCAUCCUGAAUGAGAUAGAAUCAUGGUUAGCAUGCUAUCCGUUAGCCUGUGGACCACCUCAUUCUGAAUGAGGUAGUAUCAUGGUUAGCAUGCUAUCCGUUAGCCUGUGGACCACCUCAUUCUGAAUGAGGUAGUAUCAUGGUUAGCAUGCUAUCCGUUAGCCUGUGACCACCUCAUUCUGAAUGAGGUAGUAUCAUGGUUAGCAUGCUAUCCGUUAGCCUGUGGACCACCUCAUUCUGAAUGAGGUAGUAUCAUGGUUAGCAUGCUAUCCGUUAGCCUGUGACCACCUCAUUCUGAAUGAGAUAGAAUCAUGGUUAGCAUGCUAUCCGUUAGCCUGUGACCACCUCAUUCUGAAUGAGAUAGAAUCAUGGUUAGCAUGCUAUCCGUUAGCCUGUGGACCACCUCAUCCUGAAUGAGGUAGUAUCAUGGUUAGCAUGCUAUCCGUUAGCCUGUGGACCACCUCAUUCUGAAUGAGGUAGUAUCAUGGUUAGCAUGCUAUCCGUUAGCCUGUGGAGCAGCUAUAUCUCAAUGGGAUAGUGAAAUGGUUAGCAUGCUAUCCGUUAGCCUGUGGACCACCUCAUUCUGAAUGAGGUAGUAUCAUGGUUAGCAUGCUAUCCGUUAGCCUGUGACCACCUCAUCCUGAAUGAGGUAGUAUCAUGGUUAGCAUGCUAUCCGUUAGCCUGUGGACCACCUCAUUCUAAAUGAGGUAGUAUCAUGGUUAGCACGCGAGCCGUUAGCCUGUGGACCACCUCAUCCUGAAUGAGAUAGAAUCAUGGUUAGCAUGCUAUCCGUUAGCCUGUGGACCACCUCAUUCUGAAUGAGGUAGUAUCAUGGUUAGCAUGCUAUCCGUUAGCCUGUGGACCACCUCAUUCUGAAUGAGGUAGUAUCAUGGUUAGCAUGCUAUCCGUUAGCCUGUGGACCACCUCAUUCUGAAUGAGGUAGUAUCAUGGUUGGCAUGCUAUCCGUUAGCCUGUGGAGCAGCUAUAUCUCAAUGGGAGAGUGACAUGGUUGGCAUGCUAGCUGUUAGCCUGUGGACCACCUCAUCCUGAAUGAGAUAGAAUCAUGGUUAGCAUGCUAGCCGUUAGCCAGUGGAGCGGCUAUAUCUCAAUGGGAGAGUGACAUGGUUGGCAUGCUAGCUGUUAGCCUGUGGACCACCUCAUCCUGAAUGAGAUAGAAUCAUGGUUAGCAUGCUAGCCGUUAGCCUGUGGAGCAGCUAUAUCUCAAUGGGAGAGAGACAUGGUUGGCAUGCUAGCUGUUAGCCUGUGGAGCGGCUGUACUUGAUGUUGGUGCUAUAGUAAAGUGUUACGCCAGUGGGCAUACACUGGUUGAAUCAA